GAUGUGUUGUAAAUACCGUGCCGAACACUUGGUUGUCUUGGUUUUGUGCUGUUAAAUUACUGGGUUAACUUGAGCCCGCAUGAAUGCAAACGGAUUGCGUUUUACAAAAAAAUCACGAUGGAAAAUGACCGUAAAAGUAAUGAAACCGUUGAAGAUUUAUUCUUCAAAUUUAUGGACGCUCAAGAUUGUCCCGAAAUCACAAGUGCUUUUGGACAACUGGUGAAACUUCUUGGUAUCAAAUCUGAAAAUCCGCGCGAAUUUUAUUCGUUGCUUAAGGGAAAACUUCAAACGUGGAGGUGUAAAUCUCUUUGGGAACUGUUAGAUUGUCGGGCUAAUCAGAAGGAAUACGGCAAAGGAAAAAUAUGCGAAGACACUCAAGUAUUAAUCAUUGGUGCAGGUCCGAUCGGCUUGAGAACUGCUGUUGAAGUUGCUCUGCUUGGUGCACGGGUUGUGAUUGUGGAGAAGAGAGAGUCUUUUGUGCGAAAUAAUGUUCUUCAUCUUUGGCCAUUUCUCCUUACGGAUUUCCGCUCACUUGGAGCAAAGAAAUUCUACGGAAAGUUCUGCUCUGGCUCUAUCGACCACAUUAGUAUUCGCCGACUUCAAUCUGUUCUCCUCAAAACUGCACUUAUCUUUGGUGCCAAGCUGUAUACUGGUGUCACAUUCGACGGUGUGAUCGAACCGAACUCAGUGGAGGAUGGGUGGAGGUGCAAAGUGUCCCCCGCGUCCCACCCUGUUAGUGAGUAUGAAUUUGACGUCCUCAUUGGCGCCGAUGGCAAGAAGAAUGUUAUUCCUGGUUUCCAACAAAUAGAAAUGAGAGGGACGCUCGCCAUCGGAAUAACGGCAAACUUUGUGAAUCACUGCACAGAAGACGAAGCUAAUGUGGAGGAGAUUAGUGGCAUCGCGUAUCAGUUUAAUCCGCAGUUUUUUGAUGAGCUCUUUAAACAGAAGGGAAUCAAGCUGGAAAAUAUUGUUUAUUACAAAGAUGAAACACACUAUUUUGUCAUGACUGCUGGUAAAGCAAGCUUACUUAAAAGAGGAGCUCUAAAAGAGGAUUUUGGCCCUUCUGCAAAGCUUCUCUCACCGAGCAACAUUGAUCACCCCAAAUUACUGGAGUAUGUCACAGAUGUGGUCAAGUAUGCUACAAAAGGAACCCUGAGGAACUUGGAGCUGAAAAUUGUCGGCAAUAAUCAACCAGAUAUUGCUGCAUUUGAUUUCACUUCGAUCAAAAAAGCUGAACACGCUGCUAGGAUCAUUGAGAGAAAAGGAAGCAAGUUGCUUGUUGGCUUGGUAGGCGACAGCUUAUUAGAGCCUUUUUGGCCCACUGGAUCUGGCUGCGCUCGCGGUGUUCUGAGUGCACUAGAUGCGGCAUGGAUGAUUCGUUCAUUUGCACAGGACAAACCACCGCUGCAGAUACUCAGUGAGCGGGAGAACAUCUACCGACUACUUUCAGGGACCAGCUCUGAAAAUCUCCACAAAGAUCACGCAAAGUAUACAAUAAACCCGGCCACACGAUAUCUGCACAUUACACAGAAACGAAUUCGAGAGGUGUACCAUUUGUUUGACACUGAUGAUCCAGUGAACGCCGAUUUCAGUGUCGGAAGCCCUCAGAUAACUGUAUCAAACAAAGCUUCUCGUAGAAGAAGAAUCAGUACUGGUGCGAAGUAUACUUCAUCUAAAGGUCGGGCACGAGGCCGAGCAGGUUCCCAUCUAGAUAUUGCUGCAACUAGAAUGAGAUCAACUUCGGGAUCUAGCGUGGAAAACUUAGUCUCGCAUAACCCCCUAUCCUCUACACAAUCUGCACCACUCGACAGCAGAGUUCGCGCCAGUACAUUUGACAGUGAUGAUGAAGUGUUCAAAACAAAAACGAAGCGUGUGAGGAUAAAAGAUUCAGCUAGACGUAGUAGGAGCUCCACUGUGGGUAGUUCAGGCGAUGAACUCAAAGCCACAAGGAAAAAAUCCGCAAGAAAGCGAUCUAUGACGAAAGACAAUCCGGAAAAUCCGAAAGAAAACACUCGCCGCAAAAGAGGUUUCUUUGGGUUUGGAAGGAGUAAAACUAGAAGGAAAAGCGCAGGAGAAUCAGAUUAUCAUUCUGACAAAGAAAAUAAAUUGCAGAAGAUGAAGCAAGGAGAAGAGCAGGAAAAAAUGGAGGAUACAUCUGUGAACGGAGUCGCCUUGAAAAGUAUUCCACGGAAAGAGGAAGAGAAGGCAGGAUUUGCGAGGGAUGAUUCCUUGAAAAGGCGCCCUGCAGGAUCAUUCUCGAGACAGCAGUACACAAGAAGAUCUACAAAGGACAUUAUACGAGAAAUGGAAGCUAGAUCCAAAGGAGACACUGCUCCAAAUGUAAAUAUAAAGAAUGACAAGCUUGCGAGUAAAGGGUCUGACUCAAAAAGACAAGAACUUCACUCGAACGGUGAACCUCGUGGUGAAGGAGGGAAAAAUAGAAUGAAUAAAAAUGACAAUAGGGAAGUGGAGGAAAAGGCAAAGAUCAAGAGAGAGGAUGAGAAAAAGAAGCAAAAGGAGGAAGAGAAGAGAAAGAAAGAAGAACAACGAAAGAAAAAGGAUGAGGAGAAGAGAAAACAUGAAGACGAUAAGAAGAGGAAAGAAGAAGACGAAAGGAAAAGGAAGAAGAAAGAAGACGAGGCUAAGAAGAGAGAACAAGAGAAGAAUUUACACAACAAAAAACAACAAACUACUCCGCAAAACAAGAAAUCCAUAAAGAAAAGUUUAUUGGAUGAGAUAGCGGCGUUGUCUCCCGUAGCCAAACGUGCCAUGCCGGUCCUGUCAAAACUGAGCCCUGAAAACGACAAAGAAAACGAAAAGGCGCACGAACAUAGUGUAACGUCAGUAGUGCGGGAUGCCGCCAUGUUAGUCAUGGCAACACCUCUGCUGAUUGACGGAAUAAUACCCAAAAUAGGAACGGACCGAAAGGGAUCUUGGCUUGGGAGAAGUAGUGGUCGCGUCCGCGAUGUUGUUAAUCGUUACAACACAUUGAAUGACAUGAAACCCACCUUAGACAAGAUGAAUGGAAAUGCAACUCCCUUGAAAAGGCCGAGAGAUAGUGUUGAUGGCUCUGAAAGGAAACCAAGAAUGAUAAACGUCGACAACGAAGAAGAGAAAGGAAAUCAGAAAGUAGAAGAUGCAUUUGAUGUAAAACCAACACCUCCCUCAGACAAGAAGAAGACUUUGCAGAUGAAGAAAGAUGAAAAGCUUUUAAUUUCCUCUCCUUCACUGGAAAGGCUUAAAUUAAAGUUACAGGACGAACCAUCUGCCGAUGAUAGAACGUGUUCUACUUCGUUACCAAAUGGACAUGUAACAAAGGACUUUAAUUCUCCUAUCUGGCAAAAAACGGUCAUUGCCCAAGUUGCAGAGCAUCAAGACAAGAGAAAAGAAAACGAGAAUGAGCAUACCACAAAGAUAAAGGGAGAGGCGAAAGAGAUGCAGCCUGUUCGUACCAAACUCUCAAAACAAAAGCGGCGGUCGUCCGUGUUGCCUUCUGAAGCGAUGGAGGAAAAACUGGUGAAUCUACUGAACAGUACUACAGCUGAGAGAGCGAGGCGGUCCAUUAAAUACAUGAUAAGUCUCUUCAGGCAAAUUCAGAAAAACCCGACCGAUGAAAGAUACUACAGAAUUUUCAAGGGAAGAGCGAGGUUUAGAAAACACGUUUGGUCUUUGAGGAACGCCAAGCUGUUCAUGACUUCAAGCGGUUGGACAGAGAUUGGCAGUUUCAUUGUAUUUCCGUUAUCGAAACAGACUGAGGGACCAAUGAUACUGCUUAACAAGUACCUCAGUAUAACAGAGGAGAAAAUUAAAGAAGAGAGCAGUGUUCCCCCAAAGAGAGAUGCUCCGAACCUGCGUAGGGCGAAUUCCUCAGAUUUGGCAGAGAGAAUACUGGAACUGAAAGAAGCUUUAUCUUCACCUAGGAACAAUUUGAGCACGAAGACAAAAUCUGGUGGCACUAAUGACAGUAGAGGUUUAAGAGUAUUGCAAAGAACAGUAUCGCUGGAUGAGGUAAACAUUCGGCUAAGAGCGAAAACUGGCGUGUCUGGGACUUCACUGAAGGAAUAUUCAACAUCCAGGAAAAGGGAAUUGUCACAGAAACUGCGCAGUCAUCUGGAUCAAGGUAACGUCAACAAGCCAAACAAAUUGCGGCGCUCUGUGAGUGAAAACUCACUUUUGGAAUCAAGUGAACCUUGCGAUAACUUUGAGAUAAUUUCAUCACGAGUAAUUGACAGAGAUGAACAAUCACAAAAACAGCAAGUUCAUUCGGACCAGGUGGAUGAAAACAAACCAAGUAAUCUUCGUCGUUCUGUGAGCGAAAAUACUCUUUUGGAAGCAGGUGCAACUUGCGAUAACCUUGGGCCAACUUCAUCACGAUUUACUGACAGCGAUAAUUCAUCACAAAAGCUGCAUAAGCAUACGGGAAAAGAGGAUGAAAACAAACCUGGUAAUCUUCGUCGUUCUGUGAGUGAAAACAUGCUUCUAGAGUUGCCUGAAACUAGUCAUUCGGAUAGAGUAGAUGAAAAGAAACCAGGAAAUCUUCGUCGUUGUGUGAGUGAAGACACAUGUCUAGAGUCAACUGAAACUAGCGAUAACUGCGGACCUAUUUUCUCGCCAUUUACAAGGCGAUUCUCUCAAAGGCGCGUCGAAGAACAAGAGGUGUCGUGCGAUCUACUUAUGGAGAAUCCAAUACACUCGGAAAUUUCCACUGUUGGCAUCACUUCAGAUGAAGAAGAUUUCCCCACAAGUAGUGCAGUAAAUUCGCAUUCUGAGCGGUUAGAGGUUCGCUCGCCGCAAGAGGCCGUUCUAGAUGAAGCAGACCAACUGUCCUCCGUUUUGGGAAAUCUUAUUGACACUUUAGGAAGCUCUACAGACAACGAGAGAGAGGCUGACUCGGAGAAAGAGACAACAGACAAACCUAAGAAGAACAAAACGAGUCGAAAAGCCAAAGACGAGCACAAAGAUGAGGAACUGGAAACUUUAUGUGAAACACUGGACAUGUUAAUCAAUGACACAAGCAGCGACUCCUCCUCUGAGAGUCAGAAGAAGGCGUAUAAAGAAAGGAAAACACGUAAUCAAGAAGAACGCCGUAAAACUGCUUUUAAACCUCCCCUGCCCCCGACCCAAAGGACCAAGCAGCAGCAGGGGAAAAGUAAAAGCGUAGAAACUGUUCAAAGCGGCUCUAAACGAAGAUCGACAACGGAUGGCCGUGUAAGGCAUGGACGAGUUUCACAAGCGAAGAGCGUCGAUAUAGCGGCGUCAACGAGUAACACGAGACGAAAGGAUAGGACUUCUGGAAGUGCUGACUCGAAGGUGACAAAGACAAAGACAAAGACACAACAACGACAAGGAAGUUCAACACGAACAUACAUUACGAGGCAAAACGAAACAAGUAACCCUAAUACUUCUCGUGCGACUAAUCGAAAAGAAAACUUGUCAAGUAAACGAAACUCUGAUGCAAUAUCGUCACAAAGAAUUUCGAAACGACUUGCCACAAAAAGCAAGAGUGUUGAUUUGGAAAGGUCAAGAACGCGGCCUCCAGUGGCAAAGACAAAGAGUGUAGAUCAUCGAAGAAACGGAGUGAAAAGAAAUAGGUCUGGACGUUCGGCAAGCGGCAGAGACGGCGACAAAGCACUACGGCAGAGCAUAACCGAACAAAGUCCAGUGAAGUCAAGAAUUCAGACUAAGAGAGAAAACCCUCGCGAAUCUCUAGCUGAGCAUUCAAAGGGUAAGACAGAAGAGGAAAACAAUAAAGAGUCGCCUGAGCUUCUUCACGAAAAUACCAUCACAAAAGACGCUUCAUCGCAGGAGGACGGUUUUACGGUACAUGUGCCCAUUGAUAACAACAGUGUCAACGAUGCUGAAAGCCUGGCUUUACUUGGUAAAACAUUAGACAGUUGCAUCGCAAAAGAUCAAGACGUGACUGACGUGGGAAGAAAUAGUGAAAACGAGCCUGAGAAAGAGAUUGCUGAAGAUCAUCCCUGCUGCGAAUCUGUCGUCCGAAAAAACCACGUUUCUGAUGAAACAGAAUCAUCUCAAGGAAACAGUGACGAAAUCAUUAAGGUAUCGAAUUCUGUUCAGACCUAUUCCCAUGAAAACGAAGUUUUUCUAAACAAUGACGUCCAAGGUGAGAAUGUGGACGCGAAAAAUCUCGGAAAUUGCCAGAAACAAAAGCAAAUGACUGCAAGUAAUGGGGAACUUCGUAAGCUUGUCAAUUCUGGGAAGGGGCAAUCAACGGCAAAUGGAAGCCUUAAAGAUAUGGACACGCAUACGCAGAAAAAAGAAGAUAGAAACCCCAGCAUCACUCAAAACGGCAACACAGAGUUCAUUGUACCUCAAUCAGAAAAUCGUAAAAUGACUUUGUUGGAUCUUGGAAAACAACAAUCCAGAGAAAGAUCAACUAGAAAAGAAGCAAUGUCGCUUUCGCUUGAAGAACGAAAACAACUAAUGCGAGAUGCCAGUGUCACUAAACCAAAAUCUAAACCUGCUGAUAAAAGAAGAAGUAUUCUACAAAUUAAGAGCCGAAAUGACGGUAAUCUGGUAAAAAACAAAAAGCAGGCCUUUGAAAAACCCAAAGAGGCUCAUUCAGCUUCAGACGGCUCUGAUGUGAAAACUUCUAAGCAACGGCAUUUUCGCUUACCGGGUAGAAGGAGAAAGUCGUUUGAGCUCCCAAGUGAACCUUUAGAGGUUUUAGCUGAAGAUCAAGAGGAAGUAUUUGAAGAGAUGCCGACUGCAAAUGAAAUAAAAACUCCUACAAAGGCCAACGGCAGUUGGAGGGAUGCCUCCUCUAACAACGGCGAGAUCCCAGAGCUAAAUAACUCUAGCGGAGAAAAAAUUGAGAAAGUUGAGAAAGGAAAAAGUCAUUCCCCAGUCAAAAUAAGCCCAUUUCAGAUACGUUUUACAAAACGAAAAGGUUCUUACGAUUUAGAAAAAAGAGCAAGCUUAGAAGGCAUCGUGGAAUCACCAAAAAAAAUUUCAGGCGAUUGCGAGUGAGAGGUCUACCCUACUCAAAUAUAUCAGUUAAUUAGACUUUUCUUGGAAAUAAUACAAGGAGUCAACACAUUUCUGCUUUCUGAGAAGAAAAUGCCAAUACGACUUUCCAUUUGAUCAACUUAGUUGCAAGAAAUUCGACAAAAUAAUUAAGAUGGACAUAUGCUAAUAUUCUCGGAGUUAAAACGCAGCCAUAUUUCUGUCUAAGACAGACUUAAACUAGAAACAGUUCAAGACAGCUGGAGAAACGUGACAACAGCAUUUUAUUUCAAGAACAAUUUCCGUGUUUUCUAUAUGUUGUUGCAGAUUUCCCUUUCAAUUUUCUUUCUAUUAAUUAGUUUUCAAAAUUUUUAUGCACAGGAGACACUUAUUUCAUGUAAUCAAUUUCUACCAAAACGACCUCA